CGUCAAGAAUUUCAUCAAGAAUGACAAAUGUAACACUGACAAGCUUAAAACGAUUCUGUCAGACCAUAUUUGUGAGCAUAUCAACACUAUUGAUAUUGGCAACCCAAAUUUAGAGGAUCAAGUUUUUUGGGACCUCACAAAUAGUGGGAAGUUCUCUAACAAGACUUCUUGGAAUCUGGUAGGAUUAGGCGGAGCUCUGAGAGAUGAUAAUGAAGAUAUGAUCAUGGCAUUUUCUAUUAAAGCUCAUUGUGACAACCACAACAUUGCUGAAGCCAAGGCGGCAUGGUACGAGAUAAAUUGGUGCUUACAAAAUGGGUAUAACAAUUCUACAAUAGAAUCGAAUUCUACUGUAAUCACUGACAUGCUUAAGAAUAAGAAGGCGAGCAACUUCAGAUUGAACAAAACCAUACAAGACACAACAGAGCUUCUUAGACAAGCAACUGUCAAGCUUACCCAUUGCUACAGAGAAGCAAAUCAAUUGGCUGAUUGGCUAGCCAAAUUGGUCAUGGACUCACAGGCUGACUAUAUGUAUUUCUCGGCUCAACAACUCCCAAAAGGAGUAAAGGGCCCCUUUAUCAUGGACAAGAUACAAGUUCCAAGCAUUGGAUCAAAAGUGGAUAAGACUAAUUUUUUUAUAAGUUAAUUUAACUCCAUGUAUAGGAGUAGUAAUGAGUAAAUGCUCAUUACUCUUUUGAAGGAUAGUUGCUAUCCUUGUGUUGUAAUCAAACUUUAUGAUAUGAAAUACAACACU